AUGUAUUGGUAUGGUGUGCAUAGAAAAAGGGAGGAAAAUGUCUUGUUUUCGAAACGGGCCAGAGAGCCGAUUGCUAAUCUGGACCGGUCCACAGAUGUCAACAUCAAAGCGUGCAAGGCCUCAGCUCACGCAGCCUUGUUCUUCGAUGAUGGGCCCUCCAAACGCAGGGAGGAAAUUCUGAACUUCUUUGAAGAAUAUGGGGCGCAGGGCACUUAA